CCAUGGGACCCCAUCUUCUGUCCAGGUGGCCGGCCUGGCUCUUCAGCGUUGCUCCAGGAUGGUGGCGGAAGGGCCAUUCCCACGCCCUGGUGAGGACCGCGUGCGCUCCUGGGGCCACACUGGAGCAGAGGAGGUGGCCGGGCGGCCCUCAGUGGGUCCCGGGAGCCAGCCCCCUCACCUGCAGGGGCUGCUCCUCAGCUUCCAAACGCCCAGCCGAGGUGAUGCUGACCCAGGAGCGCUACCCCGUGCGGCGGCUGCCCUUUGCCGCGGCGUCUGAGGAGGACCUGGCUGCCUUUGAGCGCAUCCUCCCGGGCAGAGUUGUCACCAGCCCCGAGGAGCUGGCGGCUGUGAACGUGGACUGGCUGAGGACCGUCCGAGGCUGCAGCAAGGUGCUGCUGAAGCCCCGGACAACGGAGGAGGUGUCGCAGAUACUCAGGUACUGCCACGAGAGGAACCUGGCAGUGACCCCGCAGGGGGGCAACACGAGCAUGGUGGGGGGCAGUGUCCCUGUCUUUGAUGAAGUCGUUCUCUCCACCUCCCUCAUGAACCAGGUCGUCGGCUUCCACAAAGUGUCUGGGGUCCUGGUGUGCCAGGCUGGGUGCAUCCUGGAGGACCUGAGCCAGUACGUGGAGGAGCGAGACUUCGUCAUGCCUCUGGACCUGGGCGCCAAGGGCAGCUGCCACAUCGGGGGGAACGUAGCCACCAACGCGGGUGGUCUGCGGGUCCUGCGGUACGGCUCCCUGCACGGGACGGUCCUGGGCCUGGAGGUGGUGCUUGCUGAUGGCACCGUCCUGAACUGCCUGACAUCCCUUAGGAAGGACAACACGGGCUACGACCUGAAGCAGCUCUUCAUUGGGUCGGAGGGCACGCUGGGGGUCAUCACUGCUGUGUCCAUUCUGUGUCCCCCAAAGCCCAAGGCUGUGAACGUGGCUUUCCUCGGUUGUCCCGGUUUCACUGAAGUCCUGCAGGCCUUCAGUUCCUGCAACAGGUUGCUGGGCGAGAUCCUGUCUGCGUUCGAGUUCAUGGACGCCGAGUGCAUGCGGCUGGUGGGGCAGCACCUGCACCUUGCCUGCCCUGUCCAAGAGAGUCCGUUCUAUGUCUUGGUGGAGACCUCGGGCUCCAGCAGGGAGCAUGAUGGUGCGAAGCUGGAUGCCUUUCUGGAGCAGGCGCUGAGCUCCGGCUUGGUGACUGACGGGACCGUAGCUACGGACCAGAGGAAGAUGAAGAUGCUGUGGGCCCUGCGGGAGAGGAUCACCGAGGCACUGAGCCGGGAUGGCUACGUGUACAAGUAUGACAUCUCCCUGCCGGUGGAGCGGCUCUAUGACCUCGUGACGGACCUGCGUGCCCGCCUCGGGCCAAGUGCCAAGAGUGUGGUGGGCUACGGCCAUCUGGGAGACGGCAACCUGCAUCUGAAUGUGACGGGGGAGGCCUUCAGCACGCAGCUCCUGGGCGCUCUGGAGCCCUACGUGUACGAGUGGACUGCCAGGCAGUGCGGCAGCGUCAGCGCCGAGCACGGCCUGGGCUUCCGCAAGCGGGAUGUCAUCGGCUACAGCAAGCCGCCGGCCGCUGUGCAGCUUAUGCGGGGGCUGAAGGCUCUGCUGGACCCCAAGGGCAUCCUGAACCCCUACAAGACGUUGCCCUCCCAGUGA